GAGCGCCCGCACUUCACCAGUGUUGCUUGAAUCCAAUGAAAUAUUGUAUGAAAACAGUCAGCACUGCACCUGGCACUUAGCAGGUGCUCAGGAGGUGUGAGUUCCUUUUCUAUAAGUGGGGUCAUGACGGGGCUGCAUGAGGGUGACUCUGGGGAUGAGGCAAGGAGACCUCAUGCAGGCCCCUUUGUGUUCUAAGACCCCCCCACCAAAUGUUGCUUGUCACUCUCAUCACCACUUAGGGGUCGUGGGGCCUCCAUUUCCUCGGCCAUCUGAUCUCUGGACCUUUAAUUUUGAUGUCCUUCCAUCAGUCUCUUCAGAGCCCAUGCCCACUGGGGACCCAGCAGGUCCCUCCAGCCCUGGGCCCUCUCCCUCCCUGCCCUCUGGUCUCUUUAGACCCAGAGCAGGCAGUGGCCUUUCCUCCGGUUGCUGAGCCUGCUGGCAGGGUUGACUCUGUCCCUGGUCCACAGGCAGGGGAGGGUCUAGACCACAACCAGGCCUGGCAGCUGGCACCCAGCAAUGGUUCCUGAUGGUUGGUUACCAGCAGUGAUGUGGUAUUUAUUGCCAUCCUCUCACAGGCCGGGAUUCCCGGCUCAACUAGUGGUGGCCUGUGGGACUGCCUGGUACUGGAAGCUCAGCCAGGAAGCCCAGUCAGGGAGACCGUUGCCUCUGCAUUUUCUUUAGUCAGCACCCUCGUGCUGCCUGGACUCUGGCAGUCUGGUGAGGGGCGGGGGCCCCAGGUUGGCAGGCCUGGCAGUUCUUGUGUUUUCUCUCCAGAGGACCCUUGCUUCAGAGCCACAAAUAACACUUAUCUCUUCAUUUAUUAAAGACCUACUAUGUGUCGGGCACUGGCUAUAAAGAUAGAAGAGACUGCGCUGGUCCUUCAGGAGCCUGCAGCGGAGGUGGAGCCAUCGGAAGCCCAACCCCACAGGCAGCCUGAGGCCGAGUUUCACCAGUUUCACUCCGCACUCACCACACUGGGAUCUAUGUCUAAGUUUUAACUCCUGCUGACCAAGACCAGGAUAAUUCCUUCCCCAAAGCCAAGCAGCCCCCGAGCCCCACACAGCCCCAGCCUGCCUCCCACCGCCCAGCUGCCCGCGAUGCCCGCGAUGCCCGCUAGCGGCCCCGGGGACACCAGCGGCUCCGCUCCGGAGCGGGAGGAGGACCGCAAGGAGGGAGAGGAGCAGGAGGAGGCUCGUGGCAAGGAGGAGCGGCAGGAGCCCAGCACGACUGCACGGAAGGUGGGGCGGCCUGGGAGGAAGCGCAAGCACCCCCCGGUGGAAAGCAGUGACACUCCAAAGGACCCUGCGGUGACCUCCAAGUCCCCGGCCAUGGCCCAAGACUCAGGGCCCUCAGAGCUGUUACCCAAUGGGGACUUGGAGAAGCGGAGUGAGCCUCAGCCAGAGGAGGGGAGCCCCGCUGGGGGGCAGAAGGGCGGGGCCCCAGCAGAGGGAGAGGGUGCAGCUGAGACCCCGCCCGAAGCCUCCAGAGCCGUGGAGAAUGGCUGCUGCACCCCGAAGGAUGGCCGGGGAGCCCCCGCGGAAGAGGGCAAAGAGCAGAAGGAGACCAACAUCGAGUCCAUGAAAAUGGAGGGCUCCCGGGGCCGGCUGCGGGGUGGCCUGGGCUGGGAGUCCAGCCUCCGCCAGCGGCCCAUGCCGCGGCUCACCUUCCAGGCGGGGGACCCCUACUACAUCAGCAAGCGCAAGCGGGACGAGUGGCUGGCACGCUGGAAAAGGGAGGCUGAGAAGAAAGCCAAGGUGAUUGCAGUAAUGAAUGCUGUUGAAGAAAACCAGGGGUCCACCGAGUCUCAGAAGGUGGAGGAGGCCAGUCCUCCCGCUGUGCAGCAGCCCACCGACCCUGCGUCCCCCACUGUGGCCACCACACCUGAGCCCGUGGGGGCCGAUGCCGGGGACAAGAAUGCCACCAAAGCAGCUGACGAUGAGCCAGAGUACGAGGACGGCCGGGGCUUUGGCAUUGGGGAGCUGGUGUGGGGGAAACUGCGGGGCUUCUCCUGGUGGCCAGGCCGCAUCGUGUCUUGGUGGAUGACGGGCCGGAGCCGAGCAGCGGAAGGCACCCGAUGGGUCAUGUGGUUCGGAGACGGCAAGUUCUCAGUGGUGUGUGUGGAGAAGCUGAUGCCGCUGAGCUCCUUCUGCAGUGCUUUCCACCAGGCCACCUACAACAAGCAGCCCAUGUACCGCAAGGCCAUCUACGAAGUCCUGCAGGUGGCCAGCAGCCGCGCGGGGAAGCUGUUCCCGGUGUGCCAUGACAACGACGAGAGCGACACUGCCAAGGCCGUGGAGGUGCAGAACAAACAGAUGAUCGAGUGGGCCCUGGGGGGGUUCCAGCCCUCUGGCCCCAAGGGCCUGGAGCCACCAGAAGAGGAGAAGAACCCCUACAAAGAAGUUUACACAGACAUGUGGGUUGAACCCGAGGCAGCUGCCUAUGCGCCACCCCCACCAGCCAAAAAGCCCCGAAAGAGCACAACUGAGAAGCCCAAGGUCAAGGAGAUCAUUGAUGAACGCACAAGAGAGCGGCUGGUGUACGAGGUGCGGCAGAAGUGCCGGAACAUCGAAGACAUCUGUAUCUCUUGUGGCAGCCUCAAUGUCACCCUGGAACACCCUCUUUUCAUCGGAGGAAUGUGCCAAAACUGCAAGAACUGCUUCCUGGAGUGUGCGUACCAGUACGAUGAUGACGGCUACCAGUCCUACUGCACCAUCUGCUGCGGGGGGCGCGAGGUGCUCAUGUGCGGGAACAACAAUUGCUGCAGGUGCUUUUGCGUGGAGUGUGUGGAUCUCUUGGUGGGGCCGGGAGCUGCCCAGGCAGCCAUUAAGGAAGACCCCUGGAACUGCUACAUGUGUGGGCACAAGGGCACCUACGGGCUGCUGCGGCGGCGGGACGACUGGCCCUCUCGGCUCCAGAUGUUCUUCGCCAAUAACCACGACCAGGAAUUUGACCCUCCGAAGGUUUACCCACCUGUCCCAGCCGAGAAGAGGAAGCCUAUCCGGGUGCUGUCUCUAUUUGAUGGAAUUGCUACAGGGCUUCUGGUGCUGAAGGACUUGGGCAUUCAGGUGGAUCGCUACAUCGCCUCCGAGGUGUGCGAGGACUCCAUCACCGUGGGCAUGGUGCGGCACCAGGGGAAGAUCAUGUACGUCGGGGACGUCCGCAGCGUCACGCAGAAGCAUAUCCAGGAGUGGGGCCCGUUCGAUCUGGUGAUUGGGGGCAGUCCCUGCAAUGAUCUCUCCAUCGUCAACCCUGCCCGCAAAGGGCUCUACGAGGGCACUGGCCGGCUCUUCUUUGAGUUCUACCGCCUCCUGCAUGAUGCGCGGCCCAAGGAGGGAGAUGAUCGCCCCUUCUUCUGGCUCUUUGAGAAUGUGGUGGCCAUGGGCGUUAGUGACAAGAGGGACAUCUCGCGAUUUCUCGAGUCCAACCCUGUGAUGAUUGAUGCCAAAGAAGUGUCAGCUGCACACAGGGCCCGCUACUUCUGGGGGAACCUUCCUGGUAUGAACAGGCCGUUGGCAUCCACUGUGAAUGAUAAGCUGGAGCUGCAGGAGUGUCUGGAGCAUGGCAGAAUAGCCAAGUUCAGCAAAGUGAGGACCAUUACUACUAGGUCGAACUCCAUAAAGCAGGGCAAAGACCAGCAUUUCCCCGUCUUCAUGAAUGAGAAAGAGGACAUCUUAUGGUGCACUGAAAUGGAAAGGGUGUUUGGCUUCCCUGUCCACUAUACCGAUGUCUCCAACAUGAGCCGCUUGGCGAGGCAGAGACUGCUGGGCCGGUCGUGGAGCGUGCCGGUCAUCCGCCACCUCUUCGCUCCGCUGAAGGAAUAUUUUGCUUGUGUGUAAGGGACAUGAGGGCAAACCGAGGUAGUGACACAAAGCUAAACAAACAAACAAAAAAACAAAACACAGCAAAACACAUGAGGAUGGAGAGAAGUAUCAGCACCCAGAAGAGAAAAAGGAAUUUAAAACAACAAAAAAACCCAGAGGCGGAUAUUCCGGAGGGCUUUGCCUUGCAAAAAGGGUUGGACAUCAUCUCCUGAUUUUUCAAUGUUAAUCUUCAGUCCUAUUUAAAAACAAAACCAUGCUCCCCCCUCACCCUCCCCACCCCCUUUUUUUCGGUCAAACCUUUUGUUUUCUACUCUUUUCAGAGGGGUUUUCUGUUUGUUUGGGUUUUUGUUUCUUGCUGUGACUGAAACAAGAGGGUUUAUUGCAGCAAAAAAAAAAAAAAUCAGUAACAAACAAUAGUAACCAUACCUUGCAGAGGAAAGAUGGGAGAGAAGGAAAAAAGGAAAUUCUAUAGAAAUCUAUAUAUUGGAUUUUUUUUGUUUUUUUUUUUACUAUAUAUCUUUUUUUGUUGUUGUCUCUAGCCUGAUCAGAUAGGAGCACAAACAGGGGACAGAAUAUAGACACUCAGGCGGCAGAGUUCCCUCCCAGCCACUGAGCUGUCUUGCCAGCACCAUUCCUGGUCAUGCAAAACACAACCCAGCUAGCAGCAGAGAGACGAGAACACCACACAAGACCCUUUUAUACAGUAUUCAGGUGCCUACCACACAGGAAACCUUGAAGAAAAUCAGUUUCUAGAAGCCGCUGUUACCUCUUGUUUACAGUUUAUAUAUAUAUGAUAGAUAUGAGAUAUAUAUAUAAAAGGUACUGUUAACUACUGUACAACCCGACUUCAUAAUGGUGCUUUACAACAGCGAGAUGAGUAAAAACAUCAGCUUCCACGUUGCCUUAUGUGCAAAGGGUUUUAACCAAGGAUGGAGAAAGGGAGACAGCUUGGAGGUGAAUGGUGACCAUGGUGGAGUAUUUUUUUCCCCUUGGUGUUUAACCAGGUGAAGGAGGAGAAUUUGGGAAGAGCGUGCUCCCGCUUCUCCCUGCCAAAAAAGGGGGUGAGAUUCGGUGGUUGGGACCGUGGAAAGCUGAGAGUGGGGUCCAUCCAGGCUCACGCAAUAACCUUUUGAUUUUUUUUCGAAAAGGAGACUCCCUCGGCAAGAUGGCAGGAUGAGGGGUCUUCAUUCCCAAUUUCUCACAUUAGCCGAUUUGAGGGCUCCUUGCGGUGGGAUCAGAAAAAAAUCCAGAGUGCGGGCAAGUGACAGUUCAAACCCCACCUGGAGCAAAUAAAAAAACAUACAAAACGUACUGGUGCUUUCCUGUCUAAGUCGCUUUUUGUGUGUUCUUUUAUGAGGCCCCCACCAUCCACCCUCUGUGCACAAGGCGGCUUCCGGCCCCUGGAACAUGAUGUUUUUGGUCAUCUCCACAGGCUGCAGUUUUAUACUGGGAGGCUGAUGACACCUUUUGUUAUAAUUAUUCUUAUGGUUCUGGUUAUAAUUAUGUUUGUUUUCAGAUUUUCUUUAAGAAAACAAAAACCCAACCCCCCCUCCCUUUAGGUUUCAAACCAAGGUGCGGGGAGCAGGGUGCUUCUAAGUUAGUGGUGGCCCUGGUGCCCUGGCUCCCCACCCCUCGGGCCAGGUGGGCCACCGGGCGCAGCGGACAGCUGGAGUCCCCAAGGCCGGCCUUCCGGACGCGUCCCUCUUCUCUUCUGCUUCCCUCCUCUCGAGUCACGUGUGUCAGGGCUAGAGGGAGGACCAAGCCGUCUCUCUCCUCGUGUGUGUGAUUGGAGUGGUGUGUAUUUCUUUUCUAGUACUUGGUCUGAUGAUAGCUGUGCUCUUACCUCGAGUCAGCAGCACCUGGAGCCCCAAGUGCAUGACACUUGGUUCCGCUUCCCACUGAGGCAGGCAGCCUGACGUUGGCGGUAGGCAAGGGCAGCGUGGGUGGCUCCAGGGUGAGGGCCCAACGGGCAGAUGCCUGCCUGGAUAGAUGGGGUGUAGAUAUGUGGCAUAUAGAGAUAUAUAUUUUAUAAUGGGAGGGGGGAAUGGCACCUCCUGGGACUGGCAGGGCUGGGAGGUGUGCUGUCAAGCACAUGGUCCCACGUUCGCAUCCCUAGAAAGAUAGGGCCUAUGGUGAUAGGCACUAUAUAAAUACAUAGAUAGGGUUAUGUAUAAGAAAUAUUAUGGAGUGGGGAGCGGGGGAAGGAGGCUCAGAAUGCUGAGUCUUGGACCCCACCGCAGACAAGCCCCACACCAAUCAAUCAAUCCCACACGCACACACAGGAACAUGUUUCUCUACGAUGCAUAACAGAUGCGUGUGCGCGCACACACACAUACACGCACACACACACGCACACAUACACAGACACAGCCAGGGAGCUCCCAGCGCUAUUCUCCCCAGGAUCCAGGACUUUGCGGAGUCGGCCCUGCAGCUCUUUACCUCUGUUGCCCUGAUUGCAGGUAGACUGUCAAUCCCAGAAGUUGCUAGGUGCUGAAGGCAGGAAAAGGAGGAGGUUUUCUUUUAGCAGGUGCUCUCCUCUAGCAGGUAGCGUUCUAUCUCUUUUGCCCCUGGUGAUGUCACAAGAUUCUUCUGUUAGCAACCUGUGACACUGACCUGCAACCCUAGGCACCGUCAAGUCCGCCCUCGACUCCCCCUACCUAUUCUCCCCCGACCAAAAUGAAAUUGACGUCCAGGGCUGUCUUGGCUAGGGGGCUUCCAUUGGAAAAAGAAAUGGGACAGUGAACCUCACCUUUUGAAUAAAUCAAAUUGGUAAUUGUGACAAAACUAAACCAAGCUUUGAAUCCCUUGCUCAUUGCUCAGGAAUAAGUUCACAACUGGUGGCCAUGGUCUCCUGCUCCUGUUAAGGGGGCUUAGUCCCAGACCCCAAGCUUCUCAUUUCCUUGUCAGAUUGGUUUUUAAGAUCAUACCCAGUUGCUUCCUGCCAGCUCCGUGCUGUGAUGGCAGGUGGUGCCGGUGGGCCCCCCAGGGUUGGAGCAGCUUGGGGGAUCCCUCUACCCCUCCCUUGUUGGAGUCUGUACCUAAUUGUGGUGCUCGCCCUGCCCCCUCCUCCAGCCCAGCUCCAUCUUCCUGGGGAGCCCACUGGCACCACUCUAGGAGGGCUGGGGGAGGAGGGCUGCCACAGGCAGUCCAAGGUGCUCCCUCCCCUGCCGGCCAGCGCUAAGGUCUUCCCAGCCCCAGUGUCAGGACAGAGCCUCUUCCUCUGCAAACAGACCUCCCAGCUCUUCUGGCUCUCCUAGGCCUUUGUCCACUGCAUGUGUGCAGGAGUUUGUCUUUCCCCAUGGCCCAAGCUCCACCCAGGGGUUGGUGUGGGGAAGAAACUUGGUAGCCAAGGAUGUGGUAAGCCUGAGGGUCAGUGUGGGUCUGCCAGCUUGCUCAGAGGAGGCCUGGUUGUUGGCGACUAACACAUGUUCCUCCAGGUCCAGCAACCUGACUAGGCCCCAGAACAGGCCAGAUGCACCCUCGGAGGGAUGAGAGUUAACAAUCACCAGCUUUUCCUCCAGCCACACCCGUGGGCUUGGUCCCACAGUGGAACUUGGUAGGGUGCAGGGGGCCUCGGGAAUGUGCCAGCGUGGUCAUGCUGGGGUGUUCUUAAUCUACUUCCAACCCUGGGGGGCUUCUGGGGACAGGAAUCUGGUCACCUAAAAGGGAGCUGUGCUUCGACAGGCUGAGGCAAGAUCGUGCUAAGGUUCAGGUGGAGGAUUCUGCGUGUGAGGCUGAAGGUAGAGGCAGUAGGGCGGGAGAAACCAAGAAGGCCUAGGGAAAAAUCUGGAGUGUGUUCCCAGUGGGGUGUUCUUUCUAAAGAGCAGGCCCAUUUACAAAUCCCUGAGAAUGAGGGCCUGAGGAUGAUGCCCCCAUCUGCCUACAGGUGCCAAGUGGAGUUCGGUGCCAAAGAGAUCUGUGGCUCUUGUCUGGGGGAGGUAGCCGGGGGCUCAGGUGGGAUGCACAGCCCUGGGUCACCUGCCCGAGGAGGAAGCUAGUCUCCAGCUGGCUGGUGCUGAUCCCCUUCCCCAGCGAAUGACUGAAGAGCAGUAGGCUGGGAGGCAGCGGGUGAUGACGGUCUUGCAGUUGGUGGAUGACAGCCUGGGUGUGCACUGUCCGCUUUUCUUUCUAGACCCCAGUACCUUCCUGCUAUUGAACGUUCUACUAGGAAGCAAACUUCCCAAAAGAGCAUCCAGGACUGCUUAGCUUUUGAGACAGUCCUGGGAGUGGCUGGCUGGCAAAGGUGCCUGUGUGAGUUUUUGGUGAGUCACUAGGGUGCAGAUUGGGACAGGCAGACCCGGCAGGGAGGUGGGCUGGUGGACACUGAACUUGUCUAAUGAGGACCAGCUCCCCAUACUUGCCACUUAGCCGGCAAUUCUGGGGACGUCUGGAUGGGGAUAACUCACCAUAUCCAGCGUGGGAAGGUCUGUAACAGGAGCAAGGGAGGGACCAUCUCAGCAGAGCCAUCUGGGGAAGGUUCUUUGGGAAAACUGCCAUGGGUAGCCUUCAUCUCUCUGAUGAUACAAGUAUAUAUAAAGUGGGUCUCAAAGGCAGUUUUGAAUUCCUGUUGCUGCUCCGCUUUGUGCAGAGAUGCUGUGGCACUGGUGUCGUUCAGAGGUGUCGUUUUCAGGAAGCUUGUAGGGUUAGGGCCAUGGGGCCUGCCUGGCACCAUGAGGGCUGGUCGUUUCCUGUGGUCAAAGUAGCAGCCGAGCCAAGGUGCUGGUCAGAACUGGGUUUCUAGCCAGGCCCCGUUUCGAUCCCAGGAGGGGAGGAAUCUGAACUGGUCAUCAGGUGUGGUCUCGUCUGGACCUGUCCAGCACUUGUGAUUAGAGGUGACACUGGAGUUGUCCUGCCCUCUGGCAGGAGGCAGCUGAAGCCUUUCUUCCACCUCUGGAGGGAUGGCGUGGAGCUGGGAUGGCCUUCCCGGCCGUUCCCUGCUGAGACAGGGACUAACCGCGAGUGUUUGGAGGAAAGGAUAGAUUUCUAUCAAGGAUAGACUCCGCCGUUCUAGCAGAAGCUCUCAAAUCUUUACGUUUUGGUAAAGGAAGGCUGGGGUCUUCGGGAAGUGAGGGCAGCCCCUCCUGUCCAUGUUUCAGAGAUCCACCCAGCUGAGUGGGGCUGUGGUUAGUGACCACCUGCUCACCGCUGACCCUUGGCAGUAGCGUUUGGGGAGAGGGAGAAACAAGCAGGUCAAAAGCAGGGAGGACAAGGAUGGAAGGUCCCUUGGCUAGUGACCGGCUAAAUUGCCCAGACGGAUGCCCGCAGACUCCUGUAACUCCAGUAACUGGAAAACUCCCCCAAUCUCUCCCCCGCAAGGGACGUGGGAGGGCGGCUUCCUCAACCUCCAGUCUCUGGCCUCCAGCCCCGGCCUGAGGACAUGAGCAGGGAUCCGAAAGCAUCACCCGAGUCCCAUUUCACUUCACAGACUGAUUUGGUUGCACAGCCCUAGAAUCCAACCAACCACAAAAAUGCCGAAAUUCCUUAGAAUACGCAGAGGGAGGAGGUGACUCAACAAGGUGCUAAAACAUUUUAUUAAAAAUAUAUAUUGUUAAAUUAAGUCUGCUGUCUGGACAAUGACUGUUUGUUUUGUUUUCUUGUAGUGGAGUUUAAAAGAGACUAUUAUUUUACUCUGAUAUAUUAUUAUUAAAAAGGCAUUUUAACUUUGUACUUGAAAACUAAAUGAGCGAUUUCAUGUGUUUUAGCUGAGGCAUUGAAGUAGCGGGUGCUUACUUAUUUGUGGGAAAUCAUGUAUUCAUACUGAAGAAUAAACUCCGUAGCUGAUUUGGUAAUAACUUUUACUGUUACAGACGAUUUCGCUUUGACCCCGGCGGGAGAACACUUUUACUGCACAUUCCACGCAGCUAAAUGCAGGACUUACUCCCCGGACCCUUCCCUCCCCAGCCCUCUUUCCUUUCUCUUCAGUUCCUCUUCUCUUUGUUGUUGCUGGGUUGUUUUUUUUGUUUGUUUUUUUUUUUUCCUUCCUGGUUCCAGCAUCCUUUCACCACUGUAUUUUUUUUUAGGGUUGCUUCUCUAUUUAUUGACAAUAAUAAUGUACAUUUCACAGUCUGGUUCUGGGACAUCAGGGAGGGGCGUGUGCGAGAGGGCCCUGCGCGGGUCCCCACCCCUGUGCCCCGGUGUUCUGUUGUAUCUCUGUGUAAGUGAUGCUUGUGACAUAGCUGUUUAUGAAAUAAUUAUAAAGAGGUCAAUGCGUACAGCAGAUGUAGAAAGUCUGUCAGUUCCGCCUUCAUCACAUUUUUUUUUUUUUGUGCCCAGAAGAAUAUAAUAAAGCUCCUUUCUAAUGUACUUGUGCUGGAGAACACUUGAAUAAAUGGACUGUUUUUGUGCAAAAAGAAAAA